AGGGCUACGAUAGCACUGGGGCGGUGCUCUUCGUGCACACACUUCCUGAAAAUGGGCUCGGAAGAGAGUUUGGACACGAAAGGCGCUUUGGUAUCUUUACCAAAACACUCAUACUGGUUUGACUUUUGGCUGUUUGUGAUGUUUGACAUCGCAUUUUUCCUCGUUAUGUAUUUCAUAGUUCCCUAGCUAAAAUGGAGUGACUUGGGAUUCUACACUUGAAGUGCCGCCCCCUUUAACCAUGACCCCCUGUUGGCUGAAAUGAUCGAUCUUUAAAAAGGACUGUUUACACCACUGAGGUAUAAGGUUUACACCCCUCGACCAGAUUGGUGUUCAAAUUAUAUUGAUGUCUUCCUUUGUUAGGCCUAUGUGUUGUUUUUAACUGUCCACAUUUUGGUAUUAUAUGGAAUAUUUAACAGUAUGUCCAGAAAAUAGCAAAAUUGUGAGACCAUAACAUCUGAAUAUGCCUGUUGUUGAAAUCAAGACAAUGAUUUGUGGCAGUCUGACUAUUUAAAAUGUGAAACUCAAGACAACACCUCACUCUGGAUAAAAGUGGCUGCUAAAUGACUGCAAUGUCACAAGGAACUGCAGGUUAACAUGAUGUAGCUAGUGGAUUAAAGUGUGCUCUCUCUAAAAUGUGUAUGUCUGAUUUGGAUAUAAGACAAUUGAGAGAAGGUGACUUGAUUGAGCCACCUAAACAUGAUGAUUGGAACAAGAUUACAGCAGAUGUAUUCCCGGUCUCUUGAACAAAGAUCCUACUGAAACUACAUCGGCAUAAACCAGAGAUCUGUAAUUCCAUGUUGUCUGGAAUAAAAGUGAUGUACACUAUGAGAUAAACCUAUGUAAAUCCCUAAAUAAACAUGUUUUUUUUCUGUCACAUUCCGAGAUGUGCAUAGGGGAAUCAUAUUUACUCAAUUUUUUACAUGUUUUAUACAAAUAUAUAGUUUGUUUUUGUAUCUGUGUUUUUGUAGUAGCGCAGUAAAUAAAGACAGCUGGAAGUUUACACCAGAGUCGUGCCAAUGUAUGGUCGGUAGGUGGCAGUAUAAGCGCCUUUUCCCAUUGAUGGACCAGAGAGGAAGAAAACUUUCCCGGAAGAUAAAAAAGAAGAGGAAGGACGCUAGCCUGCCAGAUAGUGGAUAAGCUAAACUAUUAUACUCCCAAAUGUCUUUCUGGGUUUAAUAUAAACCAAACUAGUUCAUUAAAGUUAUAAGUCACAACUCAAUUAUCCAUAAUGAUGGAAAUCUGUGUCACGACAAAACCAGUGGAGAAUGCAGAUAUCUUCCUCCCGUUAUCCUCUUUGCGCCUGUUGAUACCACCUCUGAGGCUGCUCUCUGCGGCCAUGUGGCAAGUAGCGCAACGAAGAGAUGUCAUGGAUUAUGAGAAACUAGAGGAGUUCGUCGGCCUUGUGACAGCGACAGUUCCAGACCUGUUGAAUGAGAAACAGAGGGCCAAGCUUCUUCUGCGGCUGCGAACAAGGGUGAUACUAGAGUUGUGUUCCGCUGAUCAUACAGCUGAUAUCCAGAUCAUCCAACCCCACCUGGACAGAAUUCGCCCCCCUGGACACACAGGGAGUGGAGAUGCUGAGGUGGAUGCAGAAGAGGCCAUCUUCCUGGAGCUCAUCCAGACUUUGCUGAAAGACCCAGCGGAGAGAGAACACUUCUUCCAGGAGGUGUUUCCAACGGAGUACGGCGCCAGUUAUGACACAGAUAUGCAACUACUUGUGUGGGAAUUCCUUUCUAAACUGGAGAAGAUAUUGCCAGUACCAGACCUUGGACAGACUGUGUCAUGGCUCAGUUCUGCUCCCUCUGUCCUGGAGGAGUGUUUGCAGGCCCUCUCUCAACCUGAGGACCUGAAAUCCCUGCUGCAACACCACACAUGUCUUGAGAACUUGGGCACUCAGAGUCACACCGUUGAGAUGUCUUCCCAGGUCUUUGCCUGUUCCCAGUGCCCAUUCUUUCACAUGCAGGAAUCCUACCUCCUCCAGCACAUUGAGCGAAAUCACCCAGAGGAGUACAGCAAGCUCCAGAAAACUGAAGAGAACCCAGCGCUUCCCAGGAAAAAGUUCCCCCGUCCUGAAUUCCCCAAGCCUUUCCCCAUCCACGCAAGCUCUGAACCCGGUGCUCACACAUGCCACGAGUGUGGAAAGACUUUCACUCGCUCGUCAGACGUGACCAGGCACCAGCGCAUUCACACAGGGGAGCGUCCGUACACCUGCAAGGAGUGCGACAAGGGUUUCAAGAACUCCUGGGAUCUGACGAGGCAUCAGCGGAUUCACACCGGGGAACGCCCAUAUAUCUGCCCUCAAUGUGGCAAGGGGUUCACCCAACUGGGCCUACUGUCCCUACACUUCACCAGAACGCCUUGUGGCCAGAGUGCUGAUCCCCCACUACAGUCCACAGAGCAACAGGAGGAGCCAAACGACAAAGGGAGUGGUCAGUACAAGUGUCAGAAAUGUGGGGCUAGCUUUGACACCGUACUAGAGCGGCUGAAGCAUAGGCAAACCCACGUGGUGAAUCGCCAUUACAAGUGUUCCCAGUGCGAGAAGAUCUACGGCCGCCCGUCUGACCUGAGGAGACAUCAGAUGAAGCACACCGGAGAGAGACCCUUCCCCUGCGCAGAGUGCGGCAAGGGCUUCACUCACGUGUGGCUGCUGAACAAGCACCGGCAAAUCCACACCAAGGAGCGGCCGUACCCGUGCCUGGAGUGCGGCAAGAGUUUCACCCAGUUACAGAUACUGAACAGACACCAACUGAUUCACAACGGGCAGAGGCCUUUCCAGUGCUCCUUCUGCGAGAAAAGUUUUACUCAGCUCGCGGGCCUGACGAGACACGAGAGGAUUCAUACAGGGGAGAGGCCAUACCUCUGCACCGUCUGUCAGAAGACCUUCUUAACACAUGGGGAGCUGGUAAGACACCAACGCAGUCACAGCGACUUCAGACCGUUCUCUUGCUCUCAGUGUCCCAAGAGCUUCAAAACCAAGCGUGCACAGAGUGAACACAUGAAUACCCACACAGGGGAGCGACCGUUCUCUUGCGCACACUGUGGGAAGGAGUUUGCCAAGUCUACUUCCCUCAUAAGACACAACCUGAUGCACACAGGGGAGAGACCGCAUCAGUGCGCUCAGUGUGGCAAGACCUUCCUUACCUCUGGGGAGCUGCUCCUCCACAGGCGAAUACACACAGGGGAGCGGCCAUACCCGUGCUCGGGCUGUGAACGGAGGUUUAGGUGUUCGUCAGACCUGACCAUGCAUCUGCGGACACACACAGGAGAGCGCCCAUACUCCUGUAUGUUGUGUAAAAAGUGCUUCUCCACCUCAACGCGUCUCAAAAGGCACCUGCGCACUCACAUAGGGAAAGGUGUGUAAUCAUGGCAAGAACCUUUGAAAACAUUGUCAUGUAUAUUAAUUUAUUUUCCAAAUCAUGUUUAUGGACUGCAUUACUGAAUAGUAUGAGGACACAAAAUAUAUGCAUUUUACUAAAACUCAGCCUUACAACAUGCUCUAUUAAAAAAUUACAAUUAUGCCUUUAAUUCACAUUAAACAUUUUUAACACUUGA